GCUGGCAGUUAAUACAUAUGUUAAUGGCUUGUUCCGCACUCCCGACCCUCGGCCAUCUUUAGGCGAUCUCUUUUCUGAUGCUCUGAACGUCUUGGCACUCGAGGCCCGGCAUGGCGGGUAGCAACACUUUGCCUGCGGGCACCGAGCCCAUAGCAGCGGUCGUCCUGGUUUACUCAACAAUCGGUUGGCUUUGCACUGUGACCAUGAUUUGGCUCACCUGGAUACAUCGACAGCGAUUUAGUUAUGUCGCGAUGAUUGCCUAUUUCACCUUGCUCGGAACGACAAUGUCAAUCACCCAGCAAUGCCACGACUACAUCAACUGGGAAGAGAUCAUGAUUAAGCAAUGGGAACUGGUGUCAAAGUUCCCGGACAGCCCAGAGAUGGCGACAGCGCAGGGAUCCCAGGGCCUUGAUCUCAUUCUAUUCUACAUUCAAUUUUAUACGUACAACGCCAGCGCUCUUUGCGUGCUGUUCUGGGCUGGCGAACUUGCGCAAACCUUGUACGGCUUCGACGCCAAGCCCAGAUUGAAGCGCGUGUGCCGGAAGAUCAACCAGGCCGGGCGCGGCGUUGCGAUUAUUCUCCCGCUCUUCACGACGCUCAUGCUGCGACUGCCCGAAGUCCGAGCGCACAUUUUGUCAUUCCUUCUUGUCGCUGAUCUCCCACUCAUGUUGAGUAUGACCUUGGGUAGUCUGAUGGUCAUGCUUAUCCUCAUCCGGUACCUGGUAACACAGAAAAAGUUUACCCAGUGGAGUAUGCCUCGGACCGACCAAAGCGGCAGUGACAGGGGCACAGAGGCCGGCCUUUCGUAUGCUUCCACUUCCAGUUCGAAGAGGAUAGGCAUCCAAAAGAUUCGGAGCAAGCAGGGUGGUAUCUAUGAUCGCUGGCUCAUGAUCCGCUUCUUCCUAUCCUUCAUCAUGCUCGCUGUGUUCGACGUCACCACAGUACUGUUCCAACUUAACGCAUUGAAUGCCAACAGGAAGGAUGGAAUACUACCUGCCCCUGACAUGAGUGCGGAGCGCGCCCAAACUACUCUUCUUGGGUUUUUGCCUGGAGUUACCCCCGGCAUCAUGCUAUUUCUUGUUUUUGGGACGACGGCGGGACAUCGAAGGAAGAUAUACGAGGCUCUUGUGCCUAAGCGAUGGCAGAAACCCGUGGGCGAACGCUUUGAGCUGUCUGCUCUUUUCAAGUCUCGAAAGCGCAGAGCCAUUGACAGCGCCUCACCCAGUACACGCAAGUGGCCCUGGGCGGAUCGCGGUGUUCAAAGAGUUCCGUCUUAUGCCAUGUCACCCCGGGCAGCCAUGGCCACGCCGGCAGUGCCGCUCGGACCCGUGCGCCACAAGAAGGGCGGCCAGAGUGUAGACAUCAUGAGCAUGCUCACCAAGGAGACUCUGGCGGAUCUUCAGAAGCCGCUGCCUCCAUAUCCAUCGUCGGCGGCCGAACGCUAUAGCUUCGACACGCCAGGCACAGGAGCCUCUUCGCAGCCUGCCUCCAUACGCGAGGCGAGAGUCGAGCAGGUGGUCUGGAGGACGUCGGUGCAUGACCCGGCGUCGAGACCAGUGCAUAUUUCACACCAAGCGCGACGCGGCAGCUACUACACCGCGGAUCCAGAGCAGAGCGAUGAGUCGGGUCCGACACUGCCUAUCAUGCAAAACGACAAGAGAGAUUCGAGAACAUAAGGAUCUCAUAGGGAUUUUCCCCAAUGUUUUUGAUAUAGACUACGAAGAUAACGGCCGGUCACAUUUACAAACCAAGAUACACGACAGCAUAGAAGGGAAUCACCCUGGGGCGUUGAUUUCAGCGAACCACACUUUUUUUAAUCGAUCCGGUCUUGGCAUUCUUUUGUUUGGUACAUAUUUAUCCACAUCAUACAUACAUGCAGCUGUUGCGAGGCCACUGCGGAAUUGGGACGGGACGGGACGAUUAUAGAGUUGCGCGGACUGGGCCUGGGAAAAGGGGGGCGUUAGGGACUUAUCUUAGCCGGGUUCUUUUGGUCCGAUUUUCAAGUGUGUAGCUAUUGUGCGGCUUUUUCAGGAGAUACCCCCCUUUAGCACGCGCGGUCAAAUCACAAC